AUGCGGGAUCUGGGAAUCAAACGAAGUGCUUCCGACGGCCGGGAACGCUGGUAUGGAUGCGGGAAGGACACGACCCGCUGCUUCGGGACCAUCCAUGCGGGAACACCCCACAUCCUGACUGGGCGCUGGACCCCCCCCUGCUGCCUGCGGGCGCUGCGGGAGACCGCUCGGCACGUGGUGUCCAUACUGGAAUCAUCCGGAAUCCGGUACUGGUUGGAAGGGGGAUCCUUACUGGGAGCCGUGCGCACGGGGGACAUCAUCCCAUGGGAUUACGAUGUGGAUCUGGGGAUCUACAAGGAGGACAUCGGGAAGUGCCGCUGGUUGGCGGCGGCCGCGGCCGGGAACGCGGUGGAGGAUCCCGAAGGAUUCCUAUGGGAAAAGGCCGAGGGGGAAUUCUACCGGGUGCAUUACAGCCGGAGCAACCGGCUCCAUGUGGAUCUGUGGCCCUUCUAUUCCAGAGGGGGGGUGAUGACCAAGGACACGUGGUGGCACCGGCAGGAUGUGGAAUUCCCGGAGCGGUUCCUGCAGCCUCGGGAGCCCUUGGAAUUCGUGGGAAUGAUGAUGAUGGCACCAAACAGAGCUCGGGAAUUCCUGGAGUUCAAGUUCGGGGCUGGAGCCAUCGAGAAUCCCGAGUAUCCCAAUCCCAGUGUUAAGAGGAUGGGGAAGGAGUGGAGGGGGAGAUGGGGAAUUCCGGGAUACAAAGGGGUUGGGAUGAGGAAUCCUGGGAUACAAAUGGGUUGGGAUAGGGAAUCCCAGGACACAAGGGGUUGGGAUGAGGAAUCCCAGGACACAAAGGGGUUGGGAUGA